UUCCGGCCGGCUGUUGUUACUGUUGCGGAGCCGGCCUGUCGGGAAGGGGCUGAGGGGUUGCGGCCAGGCCAGGCUCCCCGUUCCCAGGGCGGGGCUGUAGCGUCCCGCAGGGGCCUCGCCUGCUGGGAGCUGUGAGAGCAGCUUCCCGCCGCGGACAGGCCCCCGCCCCCCAUCCCCGAGCAGCUGGGAUUGUGACUCCCCUCCCCCCAGCGUGUUAGAACUGGGGUCCCCUCCCCCCGGGAGCAGGGGUCGUGCGUGCCCCUCCCCCCACCCCCGGGCUGCCCUGGGAGCUGGGACCGUAGCACAUUGUGACACCCUCACCUCCCCCCCGCCCGGGCUCCUGUUCCCCCUCCCUCCACAGAGAGGUGGGAUUGUGACACCCCAACCCCUCCCCCACCUCCUCCCUGGAGGCCCCCUCAGGAGUGAGGCGCCUGACUCCCUCACUCCUAAGGUGGGAGCUGGGAAUCACCCUUAGAGUUAUGACCCUCCCCAACCCUUUGACUCCCUGGUAGCUGCUAGGACCAGCCAUAGUGGAAGAUCCCUGGGAUUGUGUGGAUCCCCCUUUUUGGCCCCAACAGGAGGUACUGGUGCUGCUGAGUUGGGCUUGCUUCCCCCCCAGCUGGUUAGUUGACAGGGUUAUUCCCAGGCCUGUACCAACCCUAGAGAAACAUGGAGUUUGCAGAGCUAAUCAAGACACCGCGAGCAGAUAAUGUCAUCCUGCACCGUCCCUUCUACCCAGCAGUGGAAGGGACACUGUGCUUGACUGGCCACCACCUCAUCCUCUCAUCUCGGCGCCAGGACAAUGCUGAGGAGCUGUGGCUGCUGCACUCAAACAUCGACUCCAUUGAAAAAAGGUUUGUUGGCUCGUUAGGCACCAUUAUUAUAAAAUGCAAAGAUCUGCGGAUUAUUCAACUGGAUAUACCUGGAAUGGAGGAGUGUUUGAACAUUGCUAGCUCUAUUGAGGCAUUGUCCACCCUGGAUUCUGUCACUCUAAUGUAUCCCUUCUUUUACCGGCCCAUGUUUGAAGUUGUCGAAGAUGGCUGGCACUCCUUCCUGCCUGAGCGAGAGUUUGAACUUCUCAGUUCAGUAACGAAUGAAUGGCGGCUGAGCUAUGUCAAUAAGGAGUUCUCCGUUUGCCCCUCUUACCCACCAGCUGUCACUGUCCCAAAAUCAAUUGAUGAUGAGGCCCUUCGGAGAGUUGCAACCUUUCGCCACGGUGGCCGCUUCCCUGUUCUAAGCUAUUAUCAUAAGAAGAAUGGGAUGGUAAUGAUGCGGAGCAGCCAGCCUCUCACAGGUACUAAUGGGAGACGGUGUAAGGAAGAUUCAGCGCUUAUUAAUGCCACGUUGAGGGCAGGAAAGCGUGGCUACAUCAUUGAUACCCGUUCCCUGAAUGUUGCUCAGCAGGCCAGAGCCAAAGGAGGUGGCUUUGAGCAGGAAGUGCAGUAUCCUCAGUGGAGGCGAAUUCACAAAUCUGUUGAGAGGUAUAAUAUUCUGCAGGAAAGUCUCAUCAAACUUGUGGAAGCUUGCAAUGAUCAAUCGCACAACAUGGACCGCUGGCUUAGUAAACUGGAAGCCUCCAACUGGCUGACUCACGUUAAAGAGAUACUAACUGCGGCUUGUCUGGCUGGUCAGUGCAUCGACAGGGAAGGAGCAUCAGUGUUAGUUCACGGGACUGAAGGAACUGAUUCUACACUCCAGAUAACUUCAUUGGCUCAGAUCAUCUUGGAUCCAAGGUGCAGGACAAUACGUGGCUUUGAGGCUCUUGUUGAGAGAGAGUGGCUGCAGGCUGGUCACCCAUUUCGGCUGCGCUGUGCUCAGUCUGCCUACUCCAACAGCAAGCAGAAAUGGGAGUCCCCCGUGUUUUUCCUUUUCUUGGACUGUGUGUGGCAGAUCCUCCGUCAGUUCCCUUGCUCUUUUGAAUUCAAUGAACACUUCCUCAUCAUGCUCUUCGAACACGCCUACGCCUCGCAGUUUGGCACGUUUCUGGGCAACAAUGAAAGUGAAAGGUGUAAACUGAAGCUGUCCCAGAAGACUAUGUCCUUGUGGUCUUGGGUGAAUCAGCCUGAGGAACUGAGAAAAUUCAAGAAUCCUCUGUUUGAGGCCAACAGUCUCGUCAUCUGGCCUUCUGUCGCGCCACAGAGCCUGCAGCUUUGGGAAGGUGUCUUUCUCCGUUGGAAUAGAUCCUCCAAGUUUUUGGAUGAAGCCUACGAAGAAAUGAACAACAUCAUAGAGUACAACAAGGAACUUCAGGCAAAAGUCAAUGCACUGAGGAGGCAGUUAGCAGAACUGGAAACAGAUGACGGGAUGCAGGAAAACUCCUGAGAUCUUGCAAGGCUUUGGACACCAGGUCUUUCCUUUCAACUCACCUUUACACUAAGACUAAACAGAAUGUGCAUGUGUUGCAAAACCCUCUGGUGCAAUUGCUCCUCAACACUUCACUGCUGAAACCCUCACUUUACACUAUCUACAUCUCUUCCGUUUGGGAUGAGUCUCUUGUUUUUUGUUUACAGGGGAAGUGCACUGUUCAGCAUAGUGUUCUCUCUUGACCAUUGCUGUCUUUAAUAAAUUGUGUACAGUUUCCGCAUAAGCUUUGUCUCUUACCUCUAUCAAAGUUUGUACAGACUAGGAUGGGUCAGGAGAUGGAUGUGUUAAGUUUAAGUUGGGGACCAUUUUUUUGACCUCUAAACGUUGAUUUGUAAGAGUAUUAAAUAUUUUUCUGAGUGCUCGGUGAAGGCAUUUUUGUCUAAGGUGCCUUUUUUGAGAUUAGUUAAAGCUGUGUUGUUUUCAGUGAUGCUUAUUUUUGGUUGGUUCUGAUGUUGGGUUUCAUACAUUCUAUGUUCCUUUUAUCCAGAAAGGCAAUGAGGAUGCGUAAGUGGUUUAAACUGCCUCCCGUUUCUGGCAGUUACAUGAAACCUCCUGUACACUUGACAAAUAAGCAUGUGGUGAUUGAAUUAAGGAACCGGAAUUGGCUUGGUGGGGCUACUUGAAACAGAAGCCAGGUGGGAAGUUUGUAUGCAGUAUAGAACUCGUAAGGAUUGUUCUGCCAGGCUCUCUGCCUUGACUUUUCAGUUGCAUUGUCUCUGUAUGUCAUGAACAAGUAAACUCUUCAUAUCCCAACAAACAGGGCAAAUAGCUAGCAGAAGCAUUCAUUUGUUAGUGAUUAAACUACUAACUAGCGCACACUGCCUUUUUUGGGAGCUCUGAUUGCACUGGCCUUUUUUUAAAGGUUUUAACUGAUUCAUUGUGAUGCUAAGGUGCAAAAAUCCCCAUGGGUACUUUUAAAAACACCCACUUUUGCUGCAGAUGUAUUUUUGUCUUGCAUUCUUCUGCUAGGCUUUUUAUCUGCUUUGGCAAAAGUUGGAAUUGAAUGUGAUCCAGCAAUGUCUUAGAAAUGUGUUAUCGAUUAAAAUGUAUAGCUGCUAAAAACUGCUUGCAGUGUCCGAUUCUCCAUGUUAAAAAUGUUGGAUUUCUCUGGCUACUUUCUGCAUUUCUGUGGUUAAUCUGUGCUUUCAUCAACAUUUUUUCACUUUUCCCACCUUUUUAAAGGGAUGGCCAAGGCUUGAUCUUGUGUAUUAUUUAACUUACCUAGACAGUUCCACUUGGAAUCAAGUGGUUUGGUGUUUGUCUGUAGAACAAUGGUUUUCCCUUAAGGGAGGUGGAGGGCUGUCUCUUCAACCCACAAGGAUCCUCUCCCCCUCUCCCUGGCUUAGCACCUCUAGAAGGGAGUAGAGCCUGGUACGUGGGCUCUGCUGACUGAACACGUUCUUGUUGGGAUGUAGGAGACUAGCUGAGGAUGCUCCUAGAAUUCCCUCAAGUCAGUCCCAGGAGACACUGUCGUAUAUGGCGAUCAGAACGGGUGGAUCUCAGACCCAGCCCCUAGCAAAGGAGUAGCUGCAGUCUGCUUUAUGCGCCAUGUCGUAGCCUUUACUACAGGAAGUAAUGUGCAUUGCUCGCUGCAGAACCCAGGAGCAUCUGAGCAUCAGCCGCAAGGAAAGCUAUUUUCUGUCAGAUUGGCCAUGGGGAUGACAGUGGUAUGCAUUUGCCAGUUUGCUUAUAGCACAACUUGACAUAAAUCUGGCUUUAAGAUGGCUUCCUUAAUUGAGAGCUGUAGCAAGAAUAGUUGAAUUAUUCCCUGCUUUUUUUGCUGCAUUCAUCCCCAAAAAUCCCAGGCUGGACUGUUUAAAGCAAGUGCUAUCAAAUGAGGCAGCUAGACACGUCCCUUCAUAAUUAAGUCUUAAUAGCAUUUUGAGUGGACAGCAACCAGUCAUGUUAGUCUUAGCUGGAAAACAACGUAUCACUUCCAAUUUUUGUUUUGUUUUGUGACUUUAAGCCACAAUUACCCCAUCACUACUGUUGAGAUGUACCAAUGGAAAAAUUUUCCCACUAAGGUACCCCUUUGGAGCUGGUACUGAAGGCUAUUCUGAAUGGAGGCUUAAAAUGAUUU